GAGAAUUAAUGCUAUAAACUAAUUCGUAGUGAUAUAGCGGGUUUUUCCUUCUUUAAAAUUUUGUUGGUUUGGCGAAUCAGUGGCGAUUAUCGUUAUCGUAAAUCGUAAUAUACUAAUAUCCGUUAUUAAUAUUUGGACAUUUAGCUCAAGCAUUUGUCACUUGACACUUCAUAGUUCUUACCUACUUAUAGUUUUCACGUUUUUGUGACCAGCUCCUUUUAACUCAAUAUUUUUUGUUCAAGUAAUAAUUCUACUUAUUUGUCAACGGAUCUUCUCUUGAUAGAUUAAAAUGCCUUCUGAAGUAGUACAAAAAGAAGCUGAGAUUGGUGUCGAAGAGAAAGAUAUUGAAAAAAUUGAUUCAAAAACCGAGGCAAAAGAAAAUGGUUCCCAAGAAUUGAAAACCGAUGAAAUUCAAACAGUUGAUAAAUCAGAAGAAUCUGAAAUCAAUGAAGAAGAAUUAUCUGAAAGUGAAAACAAAGAAAAUGAGGAACCUACUAUUGAAGAUAUAGAAUUGCAAAAAAAGCGUGCUGAACAACUUUUAACUGAUGGUAAACGUCAUUUAAUAAUCAAAGAUUUUCAAGAAGCUGUUGAUGUCUUAAGUGAAGCAUGUAGUCUAUUUGGAACCAUAUAUAGUGAAUUAGAUGAAAAAUGUGCAGAAGCUUAUUUCAAUUAUGGAUGUGCCCUUCUUGAGCUUAGUAAGAACCAAAUAAGUCCUGUUGGACUAGAAGAAAAACUUGAAGAAGAAAAUGACGAUGAAUCUUCAACUGAAGAAAUGGAUUCAAAUAAUGUGACGACUGAGGAUAAUAAAGCUUCUAUGUCUGAUGUCACAAAUGAAAUAGAAAAAGAAGAAACAGACAAUGUUGAUGAUACCAAAUCAAUUGAAAAAAAAGAAAAUUUACAAGAGGAAACAUCUGAUGAUGUAAAAGAAAACGAAGUUGGAGAACAGUCCACUGAAAAAGAAGAUACGUCUGUUGAUGAAGGAGAAAAACCAGACGAAGAAGAUGUUGGAGAAGAUGAAGUUAAUGAUUUACAGAUUGCUUGGGAAAUGCUCGAAUUGGCAAAAGUGAUUUAUAAAAACAAAGAUACUGAAGAAUCAAAACUUAAGCUUGCUGAAGUUUUAAUGAAAUGUGGAGAAGUAAGCAUUGAAGAUGAAAAGUUCGAAACAGCUAUUCAAGACAUGACGGAAUCUUUGGAAAUCCGAAGGUUAUUAUUACCAGAGGAUAGUCGUAUCAUUGCCGAAACUUUAUUUCAAUUGGGCAUAGCACAGGAGUUGGGUGGAAGUGGUGAACAAGCAAUUGAACUGCUAACAGAAGCUGUAACUGUUUUAAAUCACAAAAUUAAAACCUUGGAAAGUAUGAACAGUGACAGUGACACAACUAAGGCAGAAAUUGCCGAAGUUAAAUCUAUUAUUCCCGAAAUACAAGAAAAAAUUGUAGAUAUCAAAGAACGUAAAAAGGCUGCUGUAAGUGCAUUGUUGGCUGCUGUAGGUGCUUCUAACUUAGCAACAACAAAUGGUGAAUCAUCAUCAACGACUAAACAGGCAUCUAACAUAAGCCAUUUGGUUCGUAAAAGACCUAAACAAGAAGAAACAGCAGAUAUUGCUCCUAAUAAGGUUCCUAAACUUGAAGAAUCUUCAAAUACCAAACAAUAAUUUGGAAUCUGUGUAUUUGUUUAAUUUAUUAUAUUCCUCCAGUUUUAAAUCAUUGGAUUAAUUUUUAUUUUUUAACAUUCAAAAUUAAGUACCUUGUAUUUUAAUUAAUUAAGUGAAUUAUUUUUGUAUUUUUUUUUCUUUAAAUUAAGGUUACUUUACUGCAAAUAAAUAUCAAGACUGUCCUAAAAUA